AUGUUACGGCAUUUGUUCCGAUGUACUGCGGCUUGGGCCCCAAAGCGGUCGGCCACUCGAGAGCAGCGGCUUAAGGAGCGUGUGGCAGCCAGAAUGGAACUUGAGGCACAGGUUAAAUCACGAGUGGCAUGUUACCCCCAUCGUUCACUAACACGUCCGGCACUGCGAUUAGAAAGACAUCAGGUGAAUACUCCACUCUUUCAUUCGCAACUCCUUAACCUCAACAAGAUGGCAACUGACCUUCAGUGUAUUUCGUUUAGCGCACCGAAAGGCCACUGGGAUGCUGCCAUUGUUCUUAUAAAGGGUCAUCCAAAUGAGGCAAAUUUCGAGGUUUGGGUGAACCCCACCGUACCCGGUUAUGAUGAUCGUCACUCUAUAGCACCAAUGUAUGGCAUGUGGGAAAAUUGCAUCUCAUGCGGAGCCUGUACGGCGUGGGUCAUUCGACCACAAUCCAUCACCUGCAGUGGCUUGGACGAGUACGGGAACGAGAAAACUGAAGUACUUGAUGGCAUGCGUGCGCGCUGCCUCAUGCAUGAGUUGGAUCACUUGAGUGGGAGGACUAUCCUUGAUCAGGCACAGGGACCAGAGUUCAUCGUAAGUGGAAUUGCAAUGGGUCAGAGGGAUCUGUGGCCCCCAAAUUUCCCUUCUGCAGAAGCGUAUAUGACUUCCCCCCAUCAGUUCUUUGAUUAUGUCAAAAACGGACCAAUUAUCCCACCAGGAAUGGAGUGGUUUUAUGCGCAAAGUAUGAAUCAGCAGUUUGAGGACGCUCGCCUGAGCCACUAA